AACAAUGGACCGAGCAAAGAACGAAAUUUGUCCAUAUUUUUUUUCAAAGAAGUUACUAGUUCUUGUGUUUUGGGUUAAACACGGUAAGAUUCUGUCGUUAUGUUUUCAUAUACAUAAAUUUAGUCUUCAAACUUUUAAAAAACACAACUUUAGUCUCUCUUACUUUCAAAAACAUGAUUAUAUUUUAGAAUGAAGAGACUAAUGACCUGUUUAGUGAAAGUUUUCCUCCUCUGACCUGUGUUCAAUGUUCAAUAUCUUGUUAAAAGCUGUGUUCAAACAUAUCUAGAGUAUUAUUUCAAAAAGGGGAUAAAUAGGGAAAAAAGAAGGGUUAACAUUGCUAAUAUGCUAUAAAUGGGAUUGUGGGAUAGUUAACAAUGAGAAAAAUAUAUAUUAAGUAGUGUAGUAAUUUAUGGUGAUUUACUUCUCAUACUGAAAAUAAAGCCUAUUAAAGUUUAAAAUGUUAUUUUUGGUGAAUAUAUGCAAGUGUUUUUGGUAAGGUAUUUCAAGGUAAAAUGUGGUAUGAGUGAGCAGAAUCCUGUAAGGGAAUUAUGGCCGAACAUGGGAUAACAGAAGGAAGACCAGCCAAAAAUGGUAAAAGCUAUAACUGAUUCAAACUAAGCAAAAGGUGGCAGAGAGAAAUGCAUUGAUUGAGAAAAACAUAGGUCCUCCUUUGUAGGAGACCAUUGAGGAAUAACAGCAAAACCUCCUUUCGUAUUAUGGACUUUUUAGCAUGCAACACGUUUCUCUUUUUCUUUCUGUUGAGAACCCCUGUUUUCUUCCAAUCAGGGGUCCAACCGUUUGUAGGUGGUGUUUCCGGCAACGUGCUCUUCUGGAUACAAACCUUUGGCCGGAAACCAUAAUUAAGUGCUUCAUGUGAAUUCUGAGAUACAGUAACAAUGUCUUCCUCUCCUCACAACAGUUCUCCAGAUAAUGAAAUACCUGAUGAUUCCACCCCAGACAACAGCACCCCGGACAACAGCACCCCUGAUGACGCUGACAACUCUUCUUCAACACCAUCAAAUUCAUCACCGCCACCAUCUCCACCGCCACCUUCAUCGCCACCUCCAUCUCCUCCACAAUCAUCUUCAUCUCCACCUCCGCCAACCCCAUCAGAAAAGUCCUCUCCUUCCCCUCCAACUUCAACCAAUCCAAGCCCGCCAUCACCCAAUACUUCCCCACAGACACCUUCUCCACCCGCUUCAUCACACUCUCCUCCCUCUUUUAAAUCACCCACUCCUCCACACAAAUCAUUGCAACCUCCACCCGCUUCAAAAAAUAGUGGCAGUGGCAGUAGCGGUAGUGGUAAACAUGGAAACAGCGAUAGCAGUGAUCGUGGCAGCCACGAUAACAGUAAAGCCAUAGUUGGAGCAGUGCUUGGGGUGGGGAGCGUGCUUCUUGUUUUGGUCAUCGUCUGCGUUAUCUGUUCCAGGAAGAAGAAAAAGAAGAGAAUGUACUAUUACGGAGAGCAAUCAUUCGGAAAAGGGAAUAACAACUAUUACAAUAGUGGGCAACACCAGGGUUAUUACGGAGGUCCACACGGGGACCAUGUUGUGAGGGUGCAAAACGGAAUGGUUCCCGGUGGUGGUGGUGGUGGGGGUGGGGGUGGGGGUGGUGGUGGAGGUGGGUGGGGUGCACCACCUCCUCCUAUGAUGCAUAGCGCUGAUAUGAGCUCCAACUACUCGACGGGACCACCCCCUUUGCCUCCUCCCUCACCAACCCUUGCUCUAGGCCUCAAAGGUGGCACCUUUACUUAUGAGGAACUAUCUGCUGCCACCAAUGGAUUCGCUGAUUCAAAACUGAUAGGACAGGGUGGCUUCGGUUAUGUCCACAUGGGUGUGUUGCCUAACGGAAAGGAAGUGGCAGUUAAGAGUCUAAAAGCAGGAAGUGGACAGGGAGAACGAGAGUUCCAAGCUGAGAUUGACAUCAUCAGUCGUGUCCAUCAUCGCCAUCUUGUGUCACUCGUUGGAUACUCUAUUUCUGGCGGCCAGAGAAUGUUGGUCUAUGAAUUUAUUCCCAAUAAAACCUUGGAAUAUCACCUUCAUGGAAAGGGAAGGCCUACAAUGGAUUGGCCUACCAGAAUGCGAAUUGCGAUAGGAUCAGCCAAAGGACUGGCUUAUCUUCAUGAAGAUUGUCAUCCUCGUAUAAUCCAUCGUGAUAUUAAAGCUGCGAAUGUCCUCAUUGAUGAUAGCUUCGAGGCAAAGGUUGCUGAUUUUGGAUUGGCUAAGUUGACCACCGAUAAUAAUACUCAUGUAUCGACUCGAGUCAUGGGAACUUUCGGGUACCUAGCCCCAGAAUAUGCAUCAAGUGGAAAAUUGACUGAGAAGUCUGACGUUUUCUCAUUUGGGGUCAUGCUAUUGGAGCUCAUAACUGGGAGGCGACCUGUGGAUCACACAAGUGCCAUGGAUGACAGCUUAGUAGAUUGGGCUCGACCACUACUGAAUCGUGGAUUGGAAGAGGAUGGCAACUUUGGAGAGUUGGUUGAUCCAUUCUUGGAGGGAAACUACAAUCCUCAAGAAUUGGCUAGGAUGGCAGCUUGUGCUGCUGCUAGCAUUCGACAUUCUUCCAAGAAACGUGCAAAAAUGAGCCAGAUUGUAAGAAUAUUGGAAGGAGAUGUGUCGCUGGAUGAUUUGAAAGAUGGGAUGAAGACAGGGCAGAGUACUGUUUUCAAUUCUUCAUCUGGGUCAGAUCAGUAUGAUACAAUGCAGUACAAUGCAGACAUGGAAAAGUUUAGAAAGGCAGUGUUUUCUAGCCAGGAAUUUGGCAUGAGCAGUGGUGGCUCUAGUAGUGAAGUGAGCCAGAAACAGAGGCUUUAGAUUGCGGAACUGAUGAGAUUACUUACCAAUUGUGGCAGAAACGAAGUGACCAGUUACUGCAUUUUAUUGUUUGAUUGGCAUGCGUGCAUGGGAAGUGAGGUCUCAAUUUGUAGACAACUGAACUGAGCUUGGUGCCUUCAACCGUUUCAGGGUGCGUUUGAUGAGGCCUAAGGUCAAUGUAAUGUUAUGUGGCUUGCAUCUUUUGUUCAAUGUUUUAUGUCCUUUGAUGUAAGAGCACAUGUAUGGAAUGGAGUCUUGAACAUAAAUAUAACCCUUAUCAUUGAUGCAAUGUUUAUUGUAUUUGUUUCA